UGAGCGGCUGGUGUGCUCGCUAAAGGUGUCCGGGGCGCUGGUUGGAAGGCUAGAGGCCGGAGCUCGGUGACCGGCUGCUCCCGCCCGCUUUCCUUGUGCCUUUUGGCCGCCGUGGCGUCAGGUGGGGAAAAUGUCGGCGGAGAAGGAGGCCGCGCCGCGGCAGCGGGCUGUCAACCCCGUCAAGAAUUUCUUCGCUGGCGGCUUCGGCGGGAUGUGCCUGGUGUUCGCCGGGCACCCGCUGGAUACCAUCAAGGUGCGAUUGCAGACACAACCAAGACCUCUCCCUGGCCAAGCUCUCAAGUUCAAAGGGACCUUUGACUGCUUCUACAAGACACUAGUUGGAGAGGGUAUCCGAGGUUUAUACAGGGGAAUGGCUGCCCCAAUUGUUGGUGUUGCACCUAUGUUUGCUGUGUGUUUCUUUGGCUUUGGCUUGGGUAAAAAACUGCAGCAGAAGAAACCCGAUGAUGUCCUCACGUAUCAACAGUUGUUUGCUGCAGGGAUGCUAUCUGGGGUUUUCACCACUGCGAUCAUGGCACCAGGAGAGAGGAUCAAAUGUCUCCUACAGAUUCAGGCAACUACUGGCGAAAGCAAGUAUGCUGGUCCUUUGGAUUGUGCUAAACAGAUCUACAAAACGUCUGGCAUUCGGGGCAUCUACAAGGGGACUGUUCUCACUCUUAUGAGAGAUGUACCUGCAAGUGGAAUGUACUUCAUGACUUAUGAGUGGCUGAAGCAUAUACUUACUCCUGAGGGACAGAGGAUGAACAUCGAGAUCCCCCCCGGGCUGACCGACCUGCUGCAGGGCUACACGGUGGAGGUGCUCCGGCACCGGCCCUCCGAUCUGGUGGAGUUCGCCAUCCAGUACUUCACCGAGCUGAAGGAGAAGGAGGAGCAGGCCGGGGGCAGAGGGAGGUUCAGGAGCGAUGAGGACCCCAUGCAGACCGAGUCCAACGGGGACGACGACGAGUCGGGGUCUGAUUCGGGGUCAGACUUUGAAGCACCAAUUAUUAACAGAUUAAACCGAAGGGUUUCAGUUUGUGCAGAAGCUUUCAACCCAGAUGAGGAUGAUGAGGAGGAUACAGAACCAAGGGUCGUUUACCCAAAGACAGAUGAUCAACGAGCUAGAUUACAGGAAGCCUGUAAGGAUAUUCUUCUGUUCAAAAAUCUUGACCAGGAACAACUAUAUCAAAUCCUUGAUGCAAUGUUUGAGAGGAAAGUUGAACCUUCAGAACACGUCAUUGACCAAAAUGAUGAUGGAGACAAUUUCUAUGUAAUUGAAAGGGGUACAUAUGAUAUUUAUGUAAAUAAAGAUGGGAAACCUCUACUCGUUGGUAAAUAUGACAAUCAUGGCAGUUUCGGUGAGCUGGCACUGAUGUACAACACUCCAAGAGCUGCUACAAUUGUUGCUACCACAGAAGGAGCCCUCUGGGGUUUGGAUCGUGGUACAUUUCGACGAAUAAUUGUGAAAAACAAUGCAAAAAAGAGGAGGAUGUAUGAAACAUUCGUUGAAUCAGUGCCGCUUUUAAAAUCUCUGGAGGCUUCAGAAAGAAUGAAGAUUGUUGAUGUAAUAGGAGAGAGAUCAUAUCAGGAUAAUGAACUUAUCAUUUCACAGGGCGAUAAAGCAGACUGCUUCUUCAUUGUCGAAUCGGGUGAAGUGAAGAUCAUGAUCAAGAGCAAGACACAGGCAGAUCAACAGGAUAAGACAGAGGUAGAGAUUGCCAGAUGUACCAGGGGGCAGUAUUUUGGAGAGCUAGCACUGGUUACCAAUAAACCCAGAGCAGCUUCAGCAUAUGCUGUUGGAGAAGUCAAAUGCUUAGUGAUGGAUAUUCAAGCAUUUGAAAGAUUGUUAGGCCCUUGCAUGGACAUCAUGAAGAGAAAUAUAGUGAAUUAUGAAGAACAACUUGUCUCCUUGUUUGGUACCAGUUUGGACUUGGAGAAUCCUGGUAUAUAGGCACGUUGUUAUCCAGUGCCUUCUCAGUUUGAUGAAAGCAAAGUGAAAAUUAUCCACACACACAAAUAAAACUCCCUACAGAAAAAUAAAUCGCAGUAAAUGGGCAAAGCAGCAUUUUCUGGCUCUUACCAUCCCGUCGGGCAACUACGAUGUAAUGAUGAAAUACAUUACCGCCCAGCCAGGGAUGGGAAAAUGUGUGGCAUAUGUUUGUAUUUUUUUGUUAUCUGCCUCCUUGGGUUUAAAAGCAUAUAUUCUGUAUCCUGAUUUUUUUCCAAAUCCAGAAAAAAAUGUUGAUUUAUGAAUUAUCAAACUGAACAACAACAGACAAAUACUAAAUGUAAUUUUUGAUAAGAUGAAAUGGAUGAGAUUCAGUGUUCCUUUGUUACUUCUAUAAGUAGGUGAAAAGUUCUUGCCAAAAAGCUAUAAAAAAAACUGAUUGUUGUAAAGCUUUGAUCGCUUCAGUGGUUUCACCACUGAGUGUUACAUUGAAAAGUAUCUGGGAUAGGUGUUAUGUUUCAUAUAAAGUGUUAAAGAUCCCUAAAUUGUGUUAAACAAAGACCACAGGAGCUGCUUGAAAUCAAGGGGUUUCUAAAAUGCAAGUUGUGCAUCCAUCGUGGGUAUUCAGCAUGAUACAGAUCCACAGUAUGAAAUAUCCAGAGGUCAGAUGACAAGUGAAGACCUUGAAGAACAAGAAGGGUGAAAAAAUUGUCACUUUGUACAAUUAUAGCAUUAUAACCAGUCUCCAGUUUGUUGCUCUGUGCAGUUAACAGCACACACGUGCUCAAAAAACAGUGCUGUUCCUCUCCACGGUGUUUCAGUUAAAACUUUGGUCAAGGUGAUACACAGCUGUCACUUACUGUAACUUUUUCCCCUCUUUUAGUUGAAAUUUUUCAAUGGGCUUGGGUUGAAUUGGGUAUUUUAUUUAAUGAAGGAGCUUUCUCAUGUGCAGUGGUUAUCUGGCACACUUUGUGCAUGUUACAUGUGGCUGCUAUAGCUAGCAGUUUACAUUACUAGACAGUUUCUACAAGCAAAACAAAUUGAAGAAUGUUGUGCUUUUUGAUCUUUUGCUUCUAUUUUGUUCUAAUAUUUGUCUCAUUUUUCCUUCCCCUUCUCCUAUGCCUCCUGCAUCUAUACAAUGCUUAGGUCAGGAAGGAUAGAGAGCUCACCAGACAGGUGUUCAGGAAUUGGUACAAUUGAGUGAUGUACAAGAAUCGUCCCUGUCUGCUCUUUUUUGCAGCCCAGACUAUUCCAUGAACUAUUUGCUCCGCUUCAAGGAAAUGUUGAGCAGCCUAGUUGAGACUAGCAUUUGAGAUGUCAUAUCUUAGAGCUCAGUCUCGUAUUCAAGAGUCAUGCAGUGAUAAACUGUAAUUAAGAAAAGCCCUUGAGGAUUGAAUGUGUGACCAGAAUCAUUAACAGUACUGUCCCACGGAACAGAAGUACCUGCGGUCAUUGAAUUAUGAAAGUGGUUGUUGAUCUUAGCCGAAGAUUUUUUUUUAAUUAAUGUGGUGUAACUAGUUACAAUGAAGUGAUUACAGCCAUCAUUUUAUUCAGAACCACAUGAUUUCUUAAAACUUCAAAUUGAGAAGUUCCCAGAUCUUAAGGUUUAGAAAAUUUUGAUUAAGGUCACUUUUUUAUGUUGAGUGUAUAUUUCCUUCAACAAACCUAUGGUUCACCCUUCAAUAAAUCUAAAGUGUUUUGAUUUGUUUUUCUUAUUGGGACAAUAUUGGUAGAUUCAGAAAUACUGGUAAAUAAGCAAGAAGCUGCUGUGAGAAUUAACCAAACUUUAUUACAAAAGUUUCUUGCAUCCCUAAUUGCAUCCUAAGUAUUUGGCUUGCCAGACUGGUCCUGGGUUUAAUCCCCCAGUCUGUGUUGAAUUAAAUCAUCUGAACCUGCUUGCUGGUAGAGAUCAGUAAAGGUGCUCAGCAUUCCUGGGUUAUGUAGAAGAGAGCUGGCUGUCAUUUCCACUCUUCACUAACCAGCUGAGAAUUGGUCAUUUGGCAAGAGCAGGUUCAUGCUUGCUGGGGUCAAAUAUCCUGAUAGCAUUCAUUACUGAGAUUCAUGCAUGAAGAAUCACCACCAGACAGAGGUACAGAAGGGCAACUGGUGCCUGUGGAACCAUACCCCAUUCAGGGAGUUUAUAUUUUCAGGUGAGAAACAGGAGAAAAUUGGCAGAAGAUGAAAGGAAAUUAAAGGUUUCUUUGAUGUGAAUGAGCUUGCUUUAAUAAUUUUUCUUUAGUUUUGUGCGAAAUUGAAUUCUUAUCAUUUCAAUAACAAUUUCAUUGCACCUGCUGUAUUUGCUACUGGAUUUAACAAUAGGGGCUUGGUAAUGCAAUCCUGAUUUAGCAAAUCCAGCGCAUCAUAUCCUGGUCAUGCCCGUGAGCCAAGUGCUAUCCUAGGCAGAUAAUGCAAGGUCAUAUUGGCAACUCAUAUAGGGCUGCUGGUGGUUGAAGAUACCAUUCUUCCUCAAGAGAAGGGAGUCACAAGAUAGUCAGUGCCGCCAUCAAAGUGGCCUUUUAAGGCUUUAAUAAAAGCUUAGCUGGAUAAUCCUUUUGGACCAGCUAGGUGGAAUAAAUUACAGAUAAACUAAAUGUUGAGCAGCUGCUGUGCUUUGAAGCACUAUAGCUACAUUCUGAAUAAGUCCCUUAAAUAAAAUCCAGGGCUGUAAUAAGCCUUGGGUAAGGUGUGAGUAUGUGCGUGUGUGUGCAGGUUGUGAAUGCCAACAGCAUGUGCAGCAUUUUGCCCUCUGACUAGUAAUAUGGUCUCGGGGAACACUGCAUUGACACUGCAUUCUCCCGAUCUACUCAACUUUUAAUCCACUGUUCUACUUUGAAUCACAGGUUUUGGUAUUUUAAUGAAAAUAGAGUAUCCAUUCACCAUUGGUGUACGUACUCUUUUUGUGUCCAAUUCAAGCUUAUUUGCAUGGUUAAAGGCUGUUUCUCUGUAAUUUUUACCACUACUUAUGAUACAAAAUUAACAUUCAGCCUGACAUUCUGACCUCAAAAAGAGAAUAGAGAUGCUGUUAGUUUUGUCAAUUGUAAACAAUGUUUGUUGCAUUGAAGGGGCUAUAGCAUUAGAAUUUAACAUCUUAACGGCAUAAUGACUGACAUUCCAACAGAGCUGUGAAGGUAGUGGAGGGAUAGAAGACUACAUUGAACAGAGUUGGACAGGUUAAUUCACCUUUGAAAUACAGUAGAAACUAGUGGCUUAGAUUCUUUCUACUUUUUUUAAAACAUAAAACCCCUUAAGACAUGAUGUUUUAUGUUCUUUCUGGGACUCAUCCAUGGUUUCGCAGUGGUUCAGCUGCUGUCUGCCCAACUUUUCAUGCCAUCUUUUGAAGUACUGUGGUACAUUCUGUGAUACGUUUUCAAAGACAUUUGAAUUACUGCAGCACUUUGCCUAAGCAAGACCAGAUAGUGAGUUCUGAUAGGUUGGAAAUCACAGCGGAGCCCCAUUCUGUUUUUACCUAAUUGUUCAUAUAUGCACAUUUACUGACAGGAAUUUUCUACUCGACAGCAACAAAUUGGGUGGAAAUCAUGCAAUUUUGUUUACACCCUUUAAGCCAGUGGCAGUAAGCCCAGUUAUAUCAUCACAGGUAAUUUCUCGGCUGAGAGCUUGCAUACACUUUAUAUGACAGCAGUCCUUGCUGCUUAAGUUUGUUAGCUGAGAAUAAAUCAUAGCACAGAACCCAGCAGUCAAAUUGCACUCAAAUACCUGCAACAUUAGUAAUAUCCCUUGUUGACUACACUGUACAAUUCUUUGAGCAUCAUAUAGGAGUCUUUCUAAUCAUAAUUGGGUACAUCUAACCCAAUGUAUUUCAAAUCAUAUCACAGAAUUGUUGCAAUGCAAGAGGAGGCCAUUUGGCCCAUCAUGUCUGCACCAGCCCUCUGAAUGAGCAAUUCACUUAGUUCCAUUCCCCCACCUUCUCCCUGUGAUCCUGCACAUUCUUCCUUUUCAGAUAACAGUCUAUUUCCCUUUUGAACGCCUCGAUUGAACCUGCCUCCACCAAAUUCAGGCAGCGCAUUCCAGACUUUAACCACUUGCUGCGUGAAAAAGUUUCUCAUGUCGCUUUCGUUUAUUUUGCCAAUUACUUAAGAUCUGCGCCUUGUCUCUCUUGAUCCUUUCAUGAGUGGGAACAGUUUCCUCCUAUCUACUCCAUCCAGACCCCUCAUGAUUUUGAAUCCUUCUAUUAAAUCUCUCUCAGCCUUUUAUUCCAAGGAAAACAGUCCCAACUUCUCCAAUCUAUCUUCAUAACCGAAGUACAUUGCCAGUGAUGUUGAACAGUCAGUUGGUCUAGUGACUAAAGCCUGCAACAAAACCAAAUGGAAAAUAGUCAUAGCAGUUCACAAUAGUAAUCAUGAAGUAAAAGUCCAUUGUCCUCAGCAUGUACCUGUGUAUCUGCAUACCAAGGUCCCUCUGUUCUAUUUCAUUACCAUUUAAGCUGUAUUUCCUUUUCCUAUUCUGAUUACAAAAAUGCACUAGUUCAUAAUUUUUCAAAAUUUUGUCCCCUUCACUUCCCAAUCCUGCUAGCCCAUGUUUGUGCUCUAUGCUUUUCAGAAUGCUUGGCAUGUUUUCACCCAGUUUGACCUCAUCAGCAAAUUUCAGUUUUGUUCCUCACUUGCUCAGACUAGGUUUUGUAUCCAAUAGUAAAUGGAGCAAUACCAACAUUGUUCCCUGUGCAACACAACUUGUCCUCAACCAUAUCUCUGCCUAUAUGACCACAUUCCACUGAAUCCCAUGCACCAUUAUCUUUGUUGGAAGUCUCUUAUGCAAUACCUUACCUAAUAUUUUUUUGAAAUCCAUUGUGCUCGAAAAACAGCAUCUUCUUUAUCCUCAGUCUUCUUCCUUUAAUGAAUUCUAUAAGUUUGGUGAAGCAUUUAUUAGACCUUUUAGGUCCCGAAUAACGUUUUUUUUUAGUGUUUAGUCAUUUCCAUCCUAUAUUUUAGAUGGUGGCUGCCAUGACAUCAAUAAUUGCCUUGAAAGGCAUUUGUCAGUGAAAAGGCCCUAAAGCUGAAUAAACCACACUAUGAUCUGUAGUAUGGGGGUAAAAAAUAUUUUUAAAAUUCCUAGCAUGACCUGAAGCAUUAAAAUCUCUUUUUACUUAGACUGGUUGAGACCUGGACUUUGUCAUGCUUUAUGCCUACCACCUGAGCUGACCAUCUUUGUGAGUUUACUGUUGUUAUCAAUCUUAUGUUAUCAAUUAUUUUCUAUCUGACAUAAUCUGGAUACAUGUUUCUUUAGCAGGAAGGGGAUAAAAAGGACUUAUGGUCAAUUGCAGUGUUUUUAUACCAAGCUCUCAUACUUCAUGUAAAGAAGAAAUAAACUGGCUGUUUCAUUUCA